AUGGAAUCGAUAGAACAGACUUCAUCAAAUCCAAAACGAAAACUUGGUAAUGUUGAUGAUGGUGAACAUUUUUAUUCAUUUGAUAUUGAACAUGAACAAUCAACGAAAUCAUUUUGUUGUCAUUCACCAACAUUAACAAUUAAUUCAAAUUCUAAUAAUAAUAAUAAUAAUAAUAAUAAUAAUAAUAAUAAUAAUAUUAAUAAUAAUAAUAACAACAAUAAUACAUUAACAAAUUAUCAACAAACAACAAAAAUAAUUCAAGAAUUUAAUAUACAACAAUUAACAACAAGUGAUAUAACAGUUAGUUCAACAAUAAAUAUAAAAUCAACACCAAAACAACAAAUGAAAAUAUCAAGUAAUGAUUUAUUAAGUGAAGCUGAUUUUCAACGUGUUGUACAAGAUAUAACACCAGCUGAUCGUGAUCUAUUUGAUGAAUUUCUUAAUAGUAUAAAACAAAAAACUGACGAUUAUUUAUUUUUAUCAUCAUUUGAUGAUUUACCAUUAUCAUCACAAGAACAAGAUACUAUUUCAAAACGACAUUCAUCACCAUCAUUAUCAUUACCAUCACAAACAUCAUCAAUAAUAUCAACAGAUCGACGUAGAAAUUCAAUUCCACGUGGUUCAAGUACUAUACAUUAUAGUCCACAUUCAAUGCCUAUUACAAAUCGAUCAACACCACCAAUUGCUGCUGCACAAACAUUAAAACAAAUGGCUGUUCAACAUCAACAAAGAAUUAUGUAUAAUCAACAACAACAACAACAACAACAACAAAUAACAUCAUCAUAUUCAAAUUAUCCAUAUAAUAAUAAUAAUAAUAAUAAUUCAACAAGACAAUAUUAUCAACAAUCACAAAUUUCAUCAGAAAAUGAUACAAAUCUAAAUCCUACUUCAUACUAUCAACCAAUGUGUUAUUCACCUGCACAACAGAUAACUAUGUCUGGUUAUAAUCAUCAUUCUCAACAACAUUCGAAUAUCUAUGGUAUUCAAAAUUAUUCUUAUCAAACUUCAUCAUCAUUCUAUCAACCACCACCACCACCAUUACCGCAACAGCAACAACAACAAUCACAACAAAUAUCCACAUCUUCCUAUUCAGUCGCUAAUUAUUCACCGUCAAACGGACUUCUAUCAACUGCCACAACUCUUCCAUCGUCUACUUUCUAUUCUCAAGAUGAUAAUCUACCUAUUCUUGACCUGCAACAACAUGAUUCUGAACUUGAAAUGGAAUUAAUUCCACGACAAAUAUCGAUUGGAAUUGAUUCAUCAUCUAUAGCAUCACCAACAUCAACGCCUUCAUCAUCAACAAAAUCACCAUUACAUUUUAUGAGGAGUUCUUUGACUGUUUGGUUCAUUCCAUUAUUAUUUGCAUUAGCAACUUUUUAUAUGUAUAUUUUAUCUACAAAUGCACCACCAUUAGAUAAAGAAAGUGAUAGAACUUCUCUUCAUUUUCCACGAAGUAUCGAAGCGUUAAAAAACUUAUCAAAUACCUUACAACAUUAUCGUGACGAUCAUUUAGCUUAUCUUUUAUUACUAUAUGGCUCUGCUUAUUUAUACAAACAGUCUUUUUCAUUACCAGGUUCAGCUAUUCUGAAUUUACUUGGUGGUGCUUUAUUCGGUACAUGGAUUGGCUUUCCACUUUGUUGUUUAUUAACAGCAAUUGGUGCUAGUUUGUGUUAUUUACUUGUUUCUAAUUUUGCUCGUAAUUUAGUUGUUCAAUGUUGUCAUAAAAAAAUACUUGUAUUACAAAAAAAAGUUGAAGCUGGUCGUGAUAAUCUCUUUUUUGUUUUACUUUUUAUGCGAAUGGUACCAAUGAGUCCAAAUUCACUUAUAACAAUAACAUGUCCAUUAUUAAAUGUGCCAAAAAAAAUAUUUUUCUUUUCAAUUCUCUUUGGCAUGGCGCCAUAUACUUUUAUAAGUGUACAAACUGGUUCAUUCCUUUCACAAUUAAAUAGUUUUGAUGAUUUAUUUUCAUGUCGAACAUUGCUUACACUUGCUCUAAUAGCUACAGUAGCUGGUGGUACUGGUUUAAUUGUAGCACGUGUACGACGAAGAUUUGCACAGACAGUUAUGUGA